GGGAUGCUUUUGCCAAACAAUCAAAAUUAUCAAGUUGGCGCCUCGAGCAAAUCGUUUUCAAAAUGUCGGAGAAAUGCAUGGACUUUAAUGAGUUUUUACCAUACAUCGGAGAAUUUGGCGCCUAUCAGAAACGUCUUCUCCUGUACAUGAUGCCAUUUGCCUUUAUGUUCGCUUUCAUAUACUUGGCUCAAAUAUUUAUGUUACUUGUGCCCAAAAAUCAUUGGUGCCGCAUUCAAGAACUGGAGGGUCUCCCGAAAGCGAAGCAAAUGGAACUGGGAAUACCAAAAAAUGCGGACGGUGUGUACGAGCGGUGUUCCAUGUACGAUGUCGAUUUUAAGCUGCACUCGAAUGCCACAACUGCAAAUGAAAGUUGGCCAACGACAAAGUGCCGAGACGGCUGGAUGUACGACAAGUCUCAGGUGCCAUAUGAAACCAUUUCCACGCAGUACAAUUGGGUCUGCCAAAAGGAUGACUAUGUCAGCUACGCGAUCGCUGCCGGCUUUGUGGGAUCCAUAUUUGGCUGUCUCUCAAUCGGAUACGUUGCCGAUCAUUGGGGCCGUAUUCCCGCGCUGUUUCUGGCCAAUGCAUGUGCCCUAGCGGGCGGCCUUCUAAGUGCUGCCUGCACGAACUUUUACACCUUCGCGGCGGCCAGUGUGCUGCAGGGUUGGUCCUACGAUACCUGCUUUACCUCCAUCUAUAUACUAAUGAUGGAGACUGUGGGCCCUCAAUAUCGUACGCUGACCGCCAACCUCUCGCUGGCCACUUUCUACACGGUGGGUGCAUGUGUGCUCCCCUGGAUAGCGUAUGCCUGCAACGGCUGGAGAACCUUUGCAGUGGUUACCUCAGUGCCCAUAAUUAUAUUGAUCUUAAUGUGCCUGAUAAUACCCGAAUCUCCAAGGUGGCUCCUGUCGGUGGGAAAAAUUGAGAAGGGAUUAAAAAUAAUCCGAAAAAUUUCCAAGAAUAAUGGGAAAACCGUACCUGAGGAUGUGCUUAUCGCCUUCCAGCAGUGCAGCGAAGUGGCCUACCAUGAGGAGCAAUUGGCUAAAAAGUAUACCCUUCUGGAAAUUUUCAAAAGCUGCCGAAUGGGCCGUAUUGUGCUAAUUCUGAUCCUCAAUUGGAUGAUCAUAGCGCUGGUCUACGAUGCUCAUGUGAGGAUCAUCACCAAUGUGGGGACGGAUAUAUUCAUUUCCUUCUCACUGGCAAACCUGGCCGAGCUGCCGGGUGGACUAGUUCCGCUGGUCCUCAUGGAUCGCACGGGUCGCAAGAUCAUGCUGUUUACGGUUUUACUGCUCUGCUCGAUUUGCAGCCUGUUGGCCAGUCUUUUGACCAAAGAAUGGGACAUCGCCAUAGCCGCAAUAUUUGGUCGACUGUGCGUCACGAUUGCAUACAACGUGGGGGAGCAGUGGGCGGCGGAGAUCCUUCCGACAGUGGUGCGGGGCCAAGGACUUUCCCUCAUACACAUUUUGGGAGCCGCUGCAGCGGUACUUUCGCCAUUUGUGGUGUACUCCAGUGACUACUCCUCAUCGUUGCCCAUGAAGAUACUAGCCGGACUAGCGGUGAUUGGAGCUGUUUUGGUCUUAUUUUUGCCAGAAACCACAAAUGUUGCUCUGCCGCAGACAAUAGAGGAAGCGGAAACUCGUUGGCAGCAGAAAUGUUGGUUUCGUAAAAAGAAAUUAUAAUAAUUCACAGAACUGUGCAGGCGCACUUUUUUUUCGUUUUACAGCACUGAAUAGUCGAAUGCGACCAUGUGCGCCACUUAUCGCAACCAAAUAUCGU